UAGGUGGACCCCCUUAUACUUCGUUUUCAUCUGACAGGGAGCAGACAAUGACACCCCACCCAAGGUGACUCCAGGAUGAAGUGAGGGGAGGCAGAAUCCCUCCAAUUAGAUACUCCCAACCAGGGAGCCUGCUGAGAUAAUACACUUCCUCAUGGGCUCAGCCAGCUGAAAAGGGCUCUUCAGUGCCUCAGUGCUGAAAGCUUAGCAUGUGCACACAGACUGGUAAAGGACCUUCCAGGGCACCCAGACACUUGGUGGGGCAAGCCAUCAGUUUGGAACUCAAGAGCUUACACAUGAACUCAAAGGGUGUCACGUCUGGCACAUUGGCCAUCUGGCCGGGCAGGGACCAUCCUGAGAAAACGAUCAGCAAGGCCCUGCCUGGAGGAGUCUUCCCUAACCACACACCGGCCGGCAGUCCUCGGACCCCCAGCCUGGUGCUCCCACCCUUCCUCUCCACAGCCCCUCUGACUCUGACAGCAGAGCCCUCCUCCUGAGCCCCGGCCACCCGGCAGAAGCAGCCAAGCUUGCUUCCUCACGGUUGCACAACUGGAAGUUGACCUGUGGAUGAAGAAAACCACGGGUGUCCGCACCAUGAAGCUUUUCACGGGCCUCAUCUUCUGCUCCUUGGUCCUGGGUGUCAGCAGCCAAUGGUAUUCAUUCUUUGGCGAGGCUGCUCAAGGGGCUAUGGACAUGUGGAGAGCCUACUCUGACAUGAGAGAAGCCAAUUACAAAGAAUCAGACAAAUACUUCCACGCCCGGGGGAACUAUGAUGCCGCACAGAGGGGACCUGGGGGCGCUUGGGCGGCAAAAGUGAUCAGUGACGCCAGAGAGCAUACUCAGAGGUUCACAGACUUUUUAAGGCAUGGAGACAGCGGCCACGGAGCAGAGGACUCGAAGGCUGACCAGGCUGCCAAUGAAUGGGGCCGGAGCGGCAAAGACCCCAACCACUUCCGACCUGCUGGCCUGCCUGACAAGUACUGAGCCUCCUCUUUGCUCUGCACUCAGCACAGGGGCUGGGAGGCCCCCGAGGGCAGAGACACCGAGUCAUU